UCUCGCCACUUCCCUUCCUUUCUCCCACUCAACUCCAUCUCCUUUCUUUCCACCAGUCUUCUCUUAACCUUCUCUCUUGUUUCUCCCCUUUCCGUACACCUCACGCUCACGCAAUACCCGCUUCCUAGUUCCUUCUCGUCCCAAGUCCGCAUUUCUCUCCUCGUCACCCCAAGUCACGAGUAGUCCGACGUGGGUGGCGGAACCACUCCAACACAAGUCGCGGCCCCCUUGCCGUCUGAAUUGGUCGCGGUGCGCACCUCUGAGCCAUGCGGGGCGGCGCAGGCGACGCGGAGGGCGACAGCAGCGGUGGGCUGCGGCUCAUCGCGGGGUCGUACGAGCGCUUCCUCUUCGGCUUCCGCCUCCACCCGCCCCCCCACACUGUGGGUGCGCUGCAGCCAGCGGCAUGCAGUGGGGGGAAUGGGGGGGGACGUGAAAAUGGGGAGGAGGAGAGGGAUCAGGGGGGGCGAGGCGAGGGCGCGGCGCUGCAGCAGCAGUUCUGCUACGGCGGGCACACGGGGCCCAUCAAGUGCGUGGCGGCGGCGGGCCGGGUGGCGGUGAGCGGCGGCGCGGACGACAGUGUGCGCGUGUACGACUUGAGCACGCGCACCGACAUGGGCGCGCUCCUGCACCACCAAGCGGGCGUCUCGUGCCUCGCUCUGCAUGGCAGCGGCAGUCGACCCACUCACCUGGUGGCGGGCAGUGAAGAUCGCACCAUCAGCCUAUGGGAGGUCGCCACGUGGCGGCAUCUCUCAAGCCUGAAGGGGCAUAAGGCGCCUGUGAAUGAUGUCGCAGUGCACCCGUCUGGCCGGGUGGCGUUGUCGGUGGCGCGGGACUCGGAGCUGCGGCUGUGGAAUCUGCUGCAGGCGCGCUGCUCCUUCCGCACGCGCGCGCCCGCCGAGCCCCUGGCGCUCACCUACUCGCCCGGGGACGCUGCGAGCUACGCCAUGGCACUGCGCGGCGGCAAGGUGGCCGUGCACUGCUCUGCCGACGCCUCGCUCACUGCUUCCCUGCCGCACGACGGCUCCUGCCUCACGCUCUCCUUCCUCACUCCGCAUGUGGUGGUGACGGGCGGCGAGGAGAGGGCCAUCAGAGUGUGGGACGUGCGGCAGGCCCUCAAGCCCGCAGUGAGCGUGGCGGGCGCUCACAGCUCGCGCAUCAGAAGCGUGCUGGGGGUGCUGCCUGUGGGGCAGGGGGGCAAAGGGGCGGAUGGCGAUGAGGGGAAUGAGCUGGCUCUGGCGGGCAGGGCAGGGCUGACAGCUUGGAGCGGUGGGGAGGCUGGGGGCGAUGGAGAAGGGGAUGGCGGUGAUAAAGGAGGCGAGGAGGAAGGGGCGGGUGGAGGGAGAAGGAAGAAAAGGGGCGGAGCGAGCAGUGGUGGUGAGGCAGCGGCGCAGUGGAGUGAGCAUGUGGUGGUGUCAGGCGCUUCAGACGGGUGCAUCCGCCUGUGGGACCUGCGCCGUCUCUCAUCCUCCCCACACCCGCAUGCAAGUGCCCCCAAGGCACCCCCAGCUCUCCCUGCUGCCUGCCUCUCACAGGUGCUCACCAACGCCCGCCUCACCUGCCUCGCCCUCUCCGACCUCUCGCCCCACCACCACGCAGUCCCCCGCCCCGGUGGCAAGAGACCCAGUGGAGAGGGGGAAGGUGCACAGCCGAGAAAGAAGAUCAAGGGUGGUGGGCAUAAAUGAUUUGAGGCCUGAGCCCAUAGCUGAGACUGUACAGAAAGGUGAAUGAUUGUUGCCAUUGUUAACGUAGAAACGAAUGAUUACUAGAGGUGGAAACCUAGAACAAAUACUAGUUGGUUGUACUCACUAGAAGCAUACCUCAGUCUAG